CGGAUCCGGAGGAGUGGCAGUCUCCCUGCUGAGGGGCACUUUGUUUCCGCUUCAGGCUGUAGCGCAGCGGCCCUCAGUCGGCCAAGGCCCAUACGUGGGGGUGGGGGGCGGCGGGGGUAGGAUACUAAAGGCCUCUGUGUUCUCUGGUGAUGAGCCCGGAUAUCGGUCCGACACAAUCCGAGGGCUGGGUCUCGCGUCCGUUGCAGGGACUGCUCACCUUCAGGGAUGUGGCCAUAGAAUUCUCCAAGGAGGAGUGGGGACGCCUGACCCACACCCAGAGGCAACUGUACAAGGACGUGAUGUUAGAGAACUAUGGACAUCUCCAUUUCUUGGGUCUCCUCCUGUCAAAGCCAGACCUGAUCAUGUUUUUGGAGCAAGAGAAGCAGCUCUGGGAUGUGAAGAGAAAGGAGUCUGGAGGCUUCCAUCCAGAGGGACAUCUGCUCUCCAACAUUAUCAAGUUCUUUCAUUCUCUAGGGAAUCUCCUUCAGCUCCAGUGAUGAUCCAGCAUAUAAUCAUUUAUAAUUGGAGGCGGAGGCCUCCUUAAUCUCCCUCCAUUGCUAUGAGGACCGUGGGGAAGUCAUCGUAUUUCUGACGACCUCUACUUUGUAAAUUCUGGUUUUCAUCAUGAGAUAAGCAGUCAGGGGGUUUGGUGCAGAAAUUCCCAGAACACUUGAGACAGAUUUCUAAUGUUCUCUGGCUUAUACUUUCUAAUGUUACAGAGGCUUUAAUCUUAGGCCUACAAAACUGAGAUUGAGUAACUUCAUCAGUUAACAAAGCACCGCCCUAAGAUGAGAAAAUGUACUGCUUUAUUUCCCUUCAAAUGUUCUUUUUUUUUUUUUUUUUUAUCCUUUCUUUCUUUCUUUCUUUUUCUUUCUUUUUUUUUUUUUUCAUAUAGUUAUUUCCACUCUUUGAGUUUGGUUCCUCAGUGGUGAGAUAGUGUAAUAAUGUCUCUCUUGGUUUCCUAGAAUUCCUACUUAACAAAUGCUAUUGGGGAACUAGCACAUUUAGAACUUGAACUUGUAGCCUUUUAUAAAGUCUCAUUUAUUACCUUAUUUUUUAAUAAUUGCAUCAUGAUUCUGUCUUCUGUGAACUUCUUGUGACUUUGUCAUAUGUGUUAUUACUUUCUGAUUAAUUCUAUAUGUGAUUUAGCUCAAUAUUUUAUACAUCAAAUGUCCUGAUAUGACAUGUCCAUGUGCUUUUUAAGAAGUGAGUUAGACUGUUAGUAAAAUUCCCAUAUAUUUUGUUUAAAAAUUUUAUUUGAGAAACAGAGAGAGAGAAAAAGUGAGUAGGGAAAGGGCAAAAGAAGAGGGAGAAGCAGACUCCCUGCUGAGCAGGGAGUCCAGUGUGGGGCUGGAUCCCAGGACCCUGAGCUCAUGACCUGAAGUGAAGGAAACUGCUUAACUAAUUGAUCCCCACAUCCCAAUGUUUGGAAAAUCAUCUUUUCAGUAAUGUGAUGUUAUUUCUGGGAAAUUAAUAAUAAACUUUUUCUUCCACAUUCCUCAGAAUGUAUCAGAAUUCAACCCCAAAUAUUAAUUUCAUAUACAGUGUCUCUCAGCAUAUUUAUCAACUUUCACGGUAUUUAUUUACUGAGAAAAGAAGAUGUUGUUUGUUUCCUCUGUCUUACAGAAUGAAUUACAGGGUUACAAUCUGUGCAGGAGGAGGAGUGUAUUAAUAAUACAGUAUUUCUUUCAAGUCUUUUAAUUGCUCAUAAAAUUUUCAUUUAUAGCUUUUUGUGAUUGAUUUUAUUUUAUUUUAUUUUAUUUAUUUAUUUAUUUUUAUUUGACAGAAAGAGAUCACAAGUAGGUUAGAGAGGCAGGCAGAGAGAGAGAGGGAAGCAGGCUCCCUGCUGAGCAGAGAGCCCGAUAUGGGACUCGAUCCCAGGACCCUGAGAUCAUGACCCGAGCCAAAGGCAGCAGCUUAACACACUGAGCCACCCAGGCGCCCCGUGAUUGAUUUUAAUGAGAAUUCUUUACGAUGCUCUAGUCCAUGAAGACAUGCCAAUCAAAUGCUGUUUUUCAUGAGUACAUGGACACAGUUUUAAAUUAUGGUUAUAUUGAAGUUUUCCUUUUCUGUCAUACAUCAAUGUUUUAUUUAAAAUUUCAUGGGUCAAGUUUUGUCUUACUCUGGUAUGGUUAUUUCCUAAUAAUGUGCUGCUUCUCUCUGGCUCAUUCAAGAAAGUUAGGUAGGUGUAGAUUUGGUUUUAUCUGUGUAUGUUGUUAUAGAAAGAGAAUUUUUCAGCUCAGUAUAUUUCAAGAACAUCGAAGUAUGCCUCAAAAAAGAAUGACCUUCAUGCUUUUUGCUGGUAAAUUUUGUGUGUCUUUGUCUUGUGUUUGUAUGUCACACAUACAUACUGUGUGACCCCUACUUUUUGUCUCCUUGGUGAGUGAUCAGUGAAUGUUGUACUGUUUCUAGGUGAGUGGUUGUCAACAUAGAAUUCAUUUCACCAUGUAUUUGUGGGUGAAUUUUUAUUCUCUCUGCAUGAAAGAAAGACUGUUUAGAAUUCAAAGUAAUUUUCAAACAUUUCAUACUUCUGUAUCAUGCUUUGGUAUGAAAUAUGAAAGAUUUUAUCUGUAAUUGUAAGAUGAAUACCCAUGAUAUGCUUUGGUACCUUUCUCAUUGCCUUUUGUGUCUUCUGGGAGUAUUUUCCUUGUGGUUACUUUAGAGAUUCCUUAAAACAACAUUGUUGUAAAACAAACCAUUUCAACCUCUGUGUUGGGUACAAAGAAGAUUCUUUCUCCUGUCUCUACCCCUGCACCCACUUUGUUAACAGUCACACAUUCUUUUAUGUUGUGUACUUUAUGACCUACUUUAAUGAUUUUUAUACUUUUUUUUUUUUUUUAAACAAUGCUCUGUAGCAGAAAUAAACGUGACUGGUGUCUCAUUACAACACUGCAGGUUGGUGUAAUUGUCUACAUAUUUAUUCAGCAGAGAGCUUUGUGUCCUUGUGUGAUUGCAGUUCCUGGGUAGAAUUCCUUUUAUUUCUUCAAGAGAAUAUUCCUUUAAUGGUUCUUUUUGUCUGUUUGUCUCCUUGGAUAGAUCUACUGGUAAACGUAGAGGGGUCUUGUCUUGGGAAUGUCUUUAUUUCUACAUCUGUGGAAAAGAGUUCUGCCCGAUAAAGUAUUACUGGUGGUAA